AUGACCGAAACUUCACUUGCCGAUUCAAAUUCACAUCAAAAACGCAAUGUGCCGGGUUCUUUCUUAGGGACUACUAGUGGCUACAGACCGUUGCCUACGGUGGGUAAGCAAGCCUGUGACCGGCUGCUGAAACGGUUGCUUGGAGUUAUUCGCCGUUUAACCGUGCUAUGCGAUAAGGUGGAUGCAGCACGUGCCAGGAAACCUGCACCCGAAGACGACAAGAAGAUGGAAAUCCAUUUGGAAUUGACCUGUUUGUUUUUAGAGUACCAAUACUCAAUCCACACCUUGGGUAGGCUCAGUCAAGCCCCAGAAUGGAUUGCUGAUCAAGCAGGACACUUAAAUACGAUGAGGCAUGUGCAGGAGGCCACGGAAGAUAUUCAUCUCAUUCAAGAGCAACUCCGCCAACUCCUUGAAUUGUCACUGGCGGAUAUUGACACAUCUACGCCCCAGGACACGGCCCAGGCGACAAUGGAUGAUGAUUCUUCUGAGACUAAGGCCGCACCAACAGUGCAACAACAUUGGGCUCCUCAAUAG